AUGUUGGAGGGGCUUGUCGCCGGGUUGCUGAACCGCUUCCUGGGCAUGUACGUUAAGAACUUCGACCCUACCCAGCUAAAAGUCGGUAUUUGGUCUGGCGAUGUCAAAUUGCACAACCUACAGCUGCGGCGCGAGGCUCUCGACCAGCUCAAACUACCCGUCAACGUUAUCGAGGGCCACGUCGGUGACCUUACCCUUGCCAUUCCCUGGUCAAACCUGGCUGGUGCGCCCGUCAAGGUCUUCAUUGAGGAUGUGUUCCUCCUUGCGAGCCCAAAGGAGGAAGCUGAAUACGACGAGGAAGAGGAGGACCGUCGCAAGCAGCGCCUCAAGAUGGACAAGCUCGACAGCGCGGAGCUGCUCAAGGAGCGAAAUCAAGAGGGCAUGAGCGCCGAGGAGCAGAAGAAGAACCAAAGCUUCACACAGAGCCUUGUCACCAAAAUUGUUGACAAUCUUCAAGUGACUGUCAAGAAUCUUCACAUCCGGUACGAAGACUCGAUAUCCGCCCCUGGACACCCCUUUGCCCUUGGCGUUACUUUGGAGGAAUUCAGCGCCGUGAGCACCGAUGGACAAUGGAAACCUACUUUUAUCCAGAAUGCAGGAGACGUUACGCACAAGCUGGCGACCCUGGGAGCCUUGGCUGUUUACUGGAACACGGACUCUGAACUUCUCGGUACGGGAAGGCAGACAGAACCAUCCCCAGAAGAGGCAAUGCCGCAUGGCGAAAUGAUUGAAAAAUUCAAAGCAAUGAUUAAUAACACAGAUCAAGCAGGCUUGAACCACCAGUUUAUUCUCAAGCCAGUCAAUGGACAAGCAAAGAUUGAGCUUGAUAAAACUGGCAAUGUGAAUGUGCCCCACUUCAAAGCAAAUCUCCUAUUCGAGGAGAUUGGCCUCGUGUUGGAUGAUCACCAAUACCGUGACAGUUUGAUGAUGGUGGAUUUAUUCCACUACUUCAUCCGCCACCAAGAAUACAAAAAGCUCCAACCCAAGGGCGUCACACCCUUGGAAGAUCCCAGGGCUUGGUUCAAAUUUGCGGGCGAUGCAGUAUUAAGUAAAAUUCACGAUCGAAAUCGACGAUGGUCGUGGGAAUAUUUCAAAGAACGACGUGAUGACCGUCGGCGAUAUAUUGAGUUGUUCAAGAAGAAGAAACAACUUCAGCAGCUCACGGCCACUGAAAACGAUGACCUCAAUAAGCUGGAAUGGAAACUCGGUUAUGAGGAUCUGCGGUUCUGGAGAUCUCUUGCACGAAACCAGCUAAAGAAGGAGAAUGCCGAGGCUUUGAAGAAUCAGCCACCCCAGCAAGCACAGCAAGGCUGGGUGUCGUGGCUCUGGGGGUCUAAACCCCAGGAAACCAUCCAGGAGAAUGAGGAAAACACCCAGAUGACAGAGGAGCAGCGUAAAGAGCUUUACGAUGCCAUCGAAUGGGAUGAGAAAACCGCACUGGCAGAAGCUGUUGAUGUUCCCCGAGAAGCUGUCAAGCUUUGCAUUGAAACAUCUCUGAGUACUGGUAGCUUCACUCUAAAGAAGGGACCGCACGACGAUCCAAAAGAUCUUUUAAGUCUACAUUUUGACGUCUUCAAAGCAAAGGCCCUUCAGCGGAAGGACUCAAUUCUGGGCAAUCUUUCACUGGGAGGUUUGCGAGUAGUAGAUGGCACUACGCCCGAUAGUUUAUAUCCCGAGAUUGUACGCGUUAAGGACGCACCGGAUGCCAAGAAGCGCAAACGGUUAUCUCUGAAUGAACUGGCGGUUGUGGAUGAAGAGCCAUUCUUCCAAAUCGAGGUGGAGAAGAAUCCCAUCGAGCGUGAAGGGGAUAUUGCCGUGCUCGGUAAAUUGAAGCCCCUCGAGAUCGUGUGGAACCCGAACUUCGUUGUUGGAAUCGUCGACUUCUUUAGGCCACCUGAGAGGCAUAUGGAGUCUAUCACUGCAUUGAUGGAAACCGCCGGUGCCACCGUUGAGGGUCUACGUGAGCAAACCCGAGCUGGCCUCGAAUUUGCUCUAGAGGAGCACAGGACCAUCAACGCAGAGCUGGAUCUUCAAGCGCCGCUCAUCAUUCUCCCUGUCAGCAUCACCACACCGGAGUCGACUUGCCUGAUAGUUGAUGCCGGUCAUAUUCAUGUCAACAGCGAACUGGUUGACCAAGGCACCCUUAAGGAGAUUCAGUCAAAACAACGCCAGUCAUACAACGAGGAAGACUUCAAAAAGCUCGAGUCAGCCAUGUACGACAAGUUCAUCGUCAAGCUCACGUCUACUCAGGUUCUUAUCGGACCAUCCAUCGACGAAACCAAGGCACAGCUGGUGGAAAAGGACGACGAAGCGCUUCUCCAUGUGGUAGAGAGGAUCAAUGUAGAGUUCGUUGUGGAAACCUCGAUUAUGCCCAAAGCGCCCAACUUGACAAAAUUCAAGGUCUCUGGUCACCUUCCCAUGCUGCACGCCACUAUGUCCGAUUCGAAAUAUAAGAAUCUGAUGAGAAUUAUUGACGUGUCUAUUCCCAAAUUCGGGAACCAAGAGGAGCCAGAGCCUCCUCAGAGCGGCAAGAAAAAGACUCGUCCCAGGCUUGCUACAGAUGCUUCUACGAGGUCGGGAAAGAAGUCCGGGCGAGAUAGGAGUCAGUCCGAUGCGUUCCCCUUCAUGCAGCCACAUACUGCUGUUGUGUUGGAUGAUAUCGACGACGACGAUGAAGAGUUUGAGGAUGCUGAAGAUGGAUCUAAUAACGAGCACCUCAAGAUACAGCAGCGCAGCUUUGAAUUUAAAUUCAAGGUUGACACCCUCAAGGGUUCGCUCUACCGGAGCGAUCCAAACCGACAGAAGCCAGACGUCCUCCUUGUUGAACUGGUCGCUGAGCGCUUCGAUCUUGAAUUUUACUCACGAAUUUACGAUAUUGCUGCGGAGGUGUCUCUUGGAUCAGUCACGGUCGAUGACUUUGUGGACAAUCCGGCCGGGGAAUUCAAAUCUAUCGUAUCAUCAGGUGAUAGCGAUGAUCUUCAAGCUGGAAGAAGCCUUGUUCACGUCAAAUUUGUCAAGGUUAAUCCCAAAUCACCGGAAUUCAUGCCAGUUUACGAAGGUGUUGAGACCAAUAUCAAGGCAACGGUGUCAACAAUCAAUCUCAUCGUGACGAGGAAAACAUUGCUUACCCUCUUGGAUUUCAUCCUGAUCACAUUUACCUCUGGCAACAAUCCACAGCCUCCAGAGACGCCUGCAAUUGCUGAUAGCCCUGGAAGCGAAUCCCCUGAAGAGAAAUCGGUUGAACUUGCGCAAGACCAAAAGCCCAACACGGGAUCAAUUCGUGUCCACGUCGAGCUAAAGAGUAUCAGACUCAUCUUGAAUAAUGACGGUAUCCGUCUAGCAACAUUAUCUCUCAAUCAUGCAGAUGCUGGCGUCUUCUUGCGUGGUAAUACGAUGCGAGUUAAUGCCCGACUUGGUGAUCUAUCACUGGUUGACGAUAUCAACAUGGGGGCAUCUGAGAGUUCUAGCCUUCGAAAGUUGGUAGAGAUCCAAGGCGACGACCUGGCUGAUUUCCGAUAUGAAACAUUCGACGCAAACAACAAAAAGGCAUACCCGGGAUAUGACAGCUCCAUCUACCUCCGAGCAGGGUCCGUUAAAGUUAACUUUGUGGAGGAGCCAUUCCGCAAAAUCAUUAAUUUUGUGGUGAAAUUCGGCAAAAUGCAGGCGCUCUACAAUGCUGCGCGCCAGGCUGCAAUGAAUCAAGCGAACCAAAUACACCAAAGCAGCCGUUUCAAAUUUGAUGUUAUUGUCAAAACCCCCAUUGUUGUAUUCCCCCGCGUCGUCGUACCUGGUCGAACGAAACGAGAUCUCGUCACAGCUUAUCUUGGUGAAAUAUACGCCCAGAAUAAGUUCGCUCCGAUAGACGAUAGCAAGGGCUCCGAUAUUGCGAUGAAAAUAUCGGCUGGUAUUCGAAACAUCAGGCUGACUUCUGACUUCAACUACUCCGACGACAAGUCAGAAGAGUUGGAGAUGAUUGACCAUGUUGACCUUGGUUUUAACAUCACACAUGCUGAACACACGCCUGGUGCUCAACGUCCUGAUACCGAAAUCGAAGGAUCAAUGUCAGACUUCAAUCUACGAAUCACUCAAUAUCAGUUGAGAUCUCUGAUGGCUAUCUCGCAAUCUGUUCCGGCUGCAUUUGCUGGAGAGGGCGAGGGUGGGGACGAAGAUGCCGCCAAAGCUGUCGAUCAGGAUACCCUGCGCCGAGCGCAAUCGAUCAACCAAAACCAACAAUCCGAUGAUGGGCCGCUCAUCCACUUGGGUCCGGAACUCAGCUCGGUCGACACGACAUGGACAAAGUUAGAUCUUGUGUUCCAAGUGAAUACUAUUGGCCUCGAGCUCAUCCUUGCAGAGGAUGAUCAUCCAGUUGGUGAUUUGGCAAAAUCAAGCUUGUCUCGGUUCUCACUUGACGAGUCAAAGGUCAAAGUCCGCAUGUUAUCAGACAACUCGCUGGAAGCUGAACUCCUGAUCCAUGCUUUCACCAUAUAUGAUAGCCGACCAAGCGAGACUAAUAGGUUCCGUCGUAUUAUGGCAUCAGCCAACAAAGAUGUCCACCAACUGAUGGCCUCUAUUACAAUGUCAGGGGGCAAAGAAAGAAAUGUGAUCGCAAUGGCAACACUUGACAGUCCUCGCGUAAUCUUCGCACUUGACUAUCUCUUCGUAAUCCAAAAGUUCUUAACUGAGGGGCUAGUCCAAGAAGAGAUCUCCCCGGUUGAUGAUGAAAGUAUCCUGGGAUCACCCGAGGAGUCUGAUACCGACUCACUUGCAGUUACAUUUGACGCUCAGCGAUCCCAACAGGCAAGAUCUCUCUCCUCAGCUCGGCAAAGCGAGGAUACUCCGUCCCAGAAGGAGCCCGAGAAACCCGAGUCGAAUAUGAAUCUGGCAUUCCGAGUAAAUUUGGUUGAUGCUCAGGUAAUCCUCAUUGCCAAUCCCCUAGUAUCAAAUUCCGAGGCCAUUGUUUUGGGUAUUCGGCAAAUGCUUCUUUCGAAACAGCAUUCUCUCACCUUUCAAAUUUCGCAAGUCGGAAUGUUUCUCUGUCGGAUGGAUCGCUUCGAGACAUCUCGUCUGCGCAUCAUUGACGACUUCUCCGUCCAACUCAGCAUGGACAGCUCCCAACAGAUCACUACAGCCAUUCAUAUCGAGGUUGAGCCACUUAUUUUACGUCUGUCUUUGCGUGAUAUUUUGCUGGCUCUCCAGAUCAUCACAAGGGCUGGUGAGCUAUCUGGAAAUGACACCAAGGCUCCCAAGGAGACACCAGCGGAACAAAAGGCCAAACAGCUGCGUAAUGCUGGCAUGAAGCAAAAAUCUGGCAGUACAUGGGGUCAUUCUUCAACUGGAAAGACAAAGGGUUCGAAAUCAGUUGGCGCUGGGGGUCAGAGACCACAUAGCGAAGUAUCAAAGUUACCCGUCCGAGCCCAGGAGGAGCUUUCUGCAACCAUUGAAGGCGUCCGAGUUGUUCUCAUUGGUGAUUUGCAUGAGUUGCCAAUUCUCGACAUUGGGGUGAAGCAAUUCACGGCCUCUGCACAAAAUUGGUCAUCGAAUCUCAAAGCGGAGGUGGCCGUCGAUAUGUACUCCAACGUCUACAACUUUUCUAAAUCCAGUUGGGAGCCACUCAUCGAGCCAUGGCAGGUCGGCCUUGGUGUUGCCAGAGAGAUUGGAACUGGACUGCUCUCUGUGGAUUUAGCGUCUAAGCGGGCAUUCGAUGUGACAAUCACUACGGCUACCAUUGCUCUUGCUUCAAAAUCAUUUGAUUUCUUGACCACAGAGCAGAACGUGUUGGACAAGCCACGUGUGAAUGAAGCUCCUUAUCGAAUCAGGAACUACACCGGGUUUGAUGUCGUGGUCAACUCGAAGAGCCCGACUAGCGAAGAGCCGAUCUCGGUCUCGUUAGAAGACGGCAAGGAAGCUCCGUGGAGUUUUGAGCACUGGGAAAAGAUGCGUGAAAAUCUUCUUACCGAAUCCAACCAGAAUGAUGUCAGCAUAACUCUAGAGGGCAGUGGAUUUGAUACCGUUAAGAACGUACGAAUCAAUCGCGAGGGCGAGUUCACUUAUGGCCUACGACCCAAGGCAGAUGUUCUCCACCGGCUUUGUGUAGAGGUCGGCUUAGGUGCUGACAACGUCAAAUAUGUGACUCUUCGCUCGCCCCUGCUUUUCGAGAACGCGACCGAGAUUCCCGUUGAGCUUGGAAUCUACGAUUCUCAGGACGGCCAUCUGCUCAAGAUUGAGAAAAUCGCUCCUGGAGAGUCGAGGCCGGCUCCAGUAGGCGCAGCGUAUGAAAAGGCAGCUUUAAUCCGUCCCGAUGGAGGGUUUGGGUAUAGAUGGAGCACUGAACAGCUCUGGUGGAAAGAUCUCUUGAUGCGACCUACCAGGCAGAUCGUGUGCAAAGGGGACACUGCGGACCCGUUCUAUUUCCAAGUGCAUGCGAGAUUUGACAAGGCUAAUCCCCUGACAAAGUCAUAUCCAAACAUGAAAAUCAAACUGUCGGCACCCAUUACACUCGAAAAUUUGCUCCCAUAUGACUUCAAAUACAGGAUAUACGACCGAAAUACUAAGAAGGAUUGGUCUAAUUUCCUCCGAAAGGGAGGUGUAAGCCCUGUUCAUGUCGUGGAGCUCUCCCACCUCCUCCUUCUCAGCGUUGACAUGCAGGAUACUGUCUUCAAGCCUAGUGAUUUUGCAAUCAUCAAUUCUGGAACCAAUGAGGAUUUUCGAAAAGAGAACCGCAUUAUUCUCAAGGACGAUCAAGGACUCCCGCUUCAUCUCAACGUACAGUAUUUCAGGAUUCCCAAUAGUGGAGGUGCCUUCAAGGUCACCGUAUACAGCCCAUAUGUCGUACUGAACAAGACUGGCUUGGAAUUGAUGGUUCGAGCGAAGACAUUCUUGCAGCAAGCCAGGCCCGCCGCAGGACAGUUCCCAUUGGUGGAUACUUCCGAUCAAGAUCGACCAAAAGCUCUUCCAUAUAUGUUUUCAUACGGCAACGACGACCACCGCAACCGAGCUCUGCUUAAGGUAGCCGAUUCAGAAUGGAGUAAGCCUCAAAGUUUUGAUGCUAUUGGCAGUACCUCGGAAGUUGUGCUUAACUCCUCGUCAAAACAAAACAAGGAGGUUCAUCUCGGCAUUACCGUCAAGUCUGGCGAUGGGAAGUACAAACUUACCAAGGUGGUGACUCUUGCUCCACGCUUUGUCAUGCGAAAUAAGCUUGGUGAAGAACUUCUCAUUCGGGAGCCCAGUUCUUCGGGUUACCUAACACUCCAAGGCGGUGCUCUGCAACCUCUUCAUUUCAUGCAAAAAUCUACCGUCAAGCAGCUCUGUCUCUGCUAUCCCGGUGUUAACAACCAAUGGACCUCGCCGUUCAACAUCGCGGAUAUCGGAACAACUCACGUCAAGAUCGCCAAGGCUGGCCAGCGUCAGCGUUUGGUGAGGGUCGAAAUCCUCUUGGAGGAAUCUACAGUCUUCCUCAGCUUCAGUUUCGAGACCAAGAACUGGCCAUACUCUAUGCGAAACGAGAGUGAUACCGAAUUUACCUUCUACCAGGCCAAUCCCAAUAUUGAUGAAGACGGUGUUGAAGAUCUCAGUGGAUGGAAACCUGUGCGCUACCGAUUGCCUCCUCGAAGCAUCAUGCCUUAUGCUUGGGAUUUCCCGGCAGCGAAGUUCCGCGAGAUCAUCAUUUCUGUAAACAAGAAAGACCGGCACGUCAAGUUAGCUGAAAUCGGCAACCAAGUCCCAAUGAAGUUCAUCUCGCCGGAGGGACAACAAAAAAUCAUUGACAUCAACGUGGCCGCUGACGGACCCACCCAAACAAUGAUCCUCAGUAACUUCCGGGCAAGCAAGAGCAUGUACAAACCCAAGGCGGUUGAGCGAACAAAGUCUGGUCUAGAGGCGUUCGAAGUCAAGGAUCAGGACACUGGUGCCACUUUCCGUGCGCAGCUGAGGCUGGCCAGUGUGGGCAUCUCCCUCAUCAACGCCCAGCUCAAGGAGUUGGCAUAUCUCACCUUUAAGGAUAUCCAGCUUCGGUACAGUGACUCCCCUCUGAUUCAAACUGUCUCAUUGUCAGUCAAAUGGAUCCAGAUUGAUAACCAGCUGUAUGGCGGCAUUUUCCCAAUGAUCGUCUACCCAAGCGUGGUUCCCAAAAAGGCGCAAGAAGUUGAUGCACACCCUUCGCUGCAUGCGAUGAUCAGCCGAGUUAAGGAUGAUUCCUAUGGUGUAUUGUAUAUCAAAUAUGCCACCAUCCUACUGCAGCAGUUGACUAUUGACCUUGACGAGGACUUCGUGUUUGCUCUUCUGGAAUUUUCCGACGUCCCUGGCGCGCGCUGGACGAUUGAGGCUGAGGGCAAGCUGUGUGAUGAGAAUUUGGAUAUCCCCCAGCCUACACAGCAGGCAGCAGGACAGGACAUAUACUUUGAGGUGCUCAAUAUUCAACCGAUGCAGGUUGAUUUGAGUUUCAUGCGGACAGAGAGAAUCAAUGCCGAAGACCAGCAAUCUACUCGGAACCCAAUCAUGUUCUUCCUCAACGUUAUGACAAUGGCGAUUGGCAACGUCAACGAUGCUCCAAUUCGCUUCAACGCUCUCAUCCUUGACAAUGUGCGCGUUUCGACUCAAGUUCUCAUCCAAAACAUUUCAAACCACUACAGUCAGGAAGUCAUGUAUCAGAUACACAAGAUUUUGGGUUCAGCGGAUUUCCUCGGCAACCCUGUGGGCUUAUUCAACAACAUUUCAUCUGGUGUCACGGAUAUUUUCUACGAGCCAUACCAGGGUCUCAUUCUCUCGGAUCGACCUGAAGAGUUUGGGAUCGGUAUCGCCAAGGGGGCAGCCUCAUUUGCUAAAAAGACCGUCUUUGGUUUCAGUGACAGUUUCUCCAAGUUUACAGGUAGCUUGAGCAAAGGCCUCGCGGCUGCAUCACUCGACAAGCAAUUCCAGGAUCGCCGUCGUAUCACUCGAGCCAGGAACAGACCCAAACAUGCACUUUACGGAGUGGCCGCCGGGACAAACAGUCUACUGACCAGUGUCGCAUCCGGCAUCGGUGGAUUGGCGCGGAAGCCUCUGGAGGGCGCCGAGCAGGAGGGAGCCCUUGGCUUUUUCAAGGGAGUCGGCAAGGGAGUGCUUGGGCUUGCCACGAAGCCUGCUGUCGGUGUUUUGGAUAUGGCAAGCAACGUCAGUGAGGGUAUCCGCAAUACGACGACCGUAUUCGAUGGGUCCGAGUUGGAGCGCACGCGGUACCCACGUUUCAUCCCGAACGACGGCAUUGUGCGACCGUACAAUGCCCGUGAAGCGUUGGGCCAGUAUUGGCUGAAGCAGGUCGACAACGGGAAGUACUUUGACGAGCAAUACAUUGGUCACUUGGAACUGCCAAAGGAGGAUAUGGUAGUCAUGGUUACCUUUGCACGCAUUCUUCUCAUCAGGUCUAAGCGACUGGCUAGUGAAUGGGAUGUGCCGCUCAAGGAUGUACAGACGAUUGCCAAAGAGCGUACUGGCGUAAGUCUGACUCUACGCGGAGGUGCCAAUGGUCCUUUCAUACCAGUAGGAGGGGGAGGGGAGAGAGGUUUCCUGUACAAGAUGCUGGGGAUCGCGGUCGAGGAGUACAACAGGCGUUUUCGAAGCGGUGGCGGGUAG